CAUUCAUUUAAACAGUGCCACGUCUUGGUUUCGUUUCUGACAAGACUACCCUCCAUUCUUCUUCACCGUAUCCAAACCAUCUACAUAUCCCAAGGGUAAUACCGUCUUUCCACAAUCAGUACCAUCAAUGGAAAAUAUCAUAGCAUGCAAACUAAACCAAAUCUCCACUCCAAAAAAUAUUAAAAAAAUCAAACACUUGAAAAACGCCGUCGUUCCGGUGUCAGAAUCUCCGGUCCCGUAAAACAUGGCCGCCGCCGGAAACUUAUCGUUACUCGACAUAAUCUCUCCGCGAACAAUUAUAACCGACCGAAAAAACCGCGCCGAACUGCUGCUUAACCUGUUCAAAAAGGAGUCUUUAUCUCAACAAUCGCCGAUUCUUAAUCUCAACGCUCUGAUCGCCUCGAACGGCUUCGAAUUCGAUAAACAUAGCGAAAUCAAGAGAUUAAAUCGGAGCGGAAAGGUGAAUUCGAAGGUGAAUAAUGCGGUGGAUUACGAGAGCUCGAGCGACGAUGAGAGUAAUGGAAUUGAUGAUGAUGAGGUGGAUAGUUAUGAUUGGGAGAAGGAGAUGAAGAAGAGAGUAAAAGAGAUUCAGGAGAUGAAGGAGUUGGAGAAGAAAGCGGAGGAAUUGGUGAGUGAAAUUGGGGAGGAGGAUGGGGAGGGGAGUGGAGAGAGUGAGGAGGAGAAGAAGAUGAGAGUUCGAAAAGAGCUCGAGAAGGUGGCGAAGGAGCAAGCGGAGAGAAGGAAAACUGCUGAGUUGAUGUUUGAUUUGGGUCAGAGGGCGUAUGGGAAGGGUAUGUAUGGGCGUGCCAUUGAAUUUUUAGAAGGUGCACUCACUAUUAUUCCCAGGCCUACUUUGUUUGGUGGUGAGAUACAAAUAUGGCUUGCGAUGGCUUAUGAAGCUAAUAACCGACAUAAAGAUUGCAUUGCGCUUUACCGCCAGCUAGAACUUAAACAUCCGAGUUUUAGUAUUCGGCGCCAAGCUGCUGAACUUCGGUAUAUAUUGCAAGCACCAAAGCUUAAGAUAUCUCAGGAAGAGAUGGUUACCAUCCCGCUUAUAGGUUCAAGUUACGACAACUAUGCAGGAACAUGGAAUGAUAAAUACAAGGAUAGUGAUGGUAGAUUAAACCGUUCGACGACAAACCAACUGCCUUCAAGCAAAGACUUCGUCGGGGACUUUUUGGUGUGGCGGCCACCAGUUGAUUUGGAGAAGAAUCAGGCUUUCUGGGUGGUCUUGACAUUAUGGCUGGGUUUGGUUGGAGCUGCUCUUUUUAUUCAAAAAUAAAGUGUAAUAAUUGUUUUCACUAAACAAUCUAGUUUAUAUGUAAAAGUAUAUAAAUAGUACAUAUGUUCUGUUUAUUUUAAUGUUCAAUGUAAUUAUAUGCUGUGAAUAUAAAAUAUUGUGUAAUACUCUUGAGGUUUA